AUGUAUGAUCAAUUUGAAGAGCAUGAUGCAUAUCCAAGAUCUGCAAUUACUACAACUGCUCAAUCACAUUCAUUACCAGCAUACACGACUCGACAUGAUACCUUAUUUUCAUUGGGACGACAGCAUUAUGUGCCAGGUACUAGUCAACGAACAAAUGAUCUGCAACAGUCCGAUAAAAUGGAUACUGAUCUUCCAUGGAAUUAUAAGAUUCUCGAAACUGAUUAUGAAGAAGAAGAAGAAGAUGAUGAUACUGAGAAUAAUCAAGAAAUACAAGAACUAAACGAGUUGGUUUUAUCACAACAAUUGGGUCGUUUAUUAACAAAUACCACACAUACUGAAGGACAUCUCAUGAAAGAUAUGAAAGAUGAAAUCGAGAAAAUUCCAAAUUUUUUAACAAAACAUAAUGAUUCAUUUAAACAAAUGUUGCAUCAGGCACAAUUAUUAAUAAAAUCAACAAGUCCAACAACAACUAUCGAUAUUAAACAAUUACGGGAAGCAGCAAUUAUUAUCUAUAAAAUCAUGAUUCUACAAACUUAUCAUCUACUUUGGACGGCAUAUUUGAAAUCAGGUCGAGGAGAGUUAAUAAUAUCAUCUGAAACAAUACCAAUAUGGCCAAAAGAGAUUACAAGUUUAUUGAAAGUUAACAAAGCAAUAAAUUCUCAUGAAAUUUAUUUGAAGUUUGUCAAUCAACAUUUACAUGCAUUAGAUCAUCAAUUAAAUAUAUGUAAAACUGAAUUGAAUACAAAAGCAAAUAAUAUAGGUGGUUAUUCAAUAAUGGUUCAAAAAAUAAUAGAAACAUAUAUUGAAAAACAUAUUCAAUCUUUUCGUUUAAAACUUGAACAUCAAAUUGAAUUGAUACAUUAUGAUUGUCAUAUUCGCAUAUUGAAAGUACAAUAUAUUCAACAUAAUCCCAAUCAAUAUCAAAUUGAAAUAAUGAAAAAUAUUUGUCAAAAUAAAUAUGAACAAGAAACAACAGAACAAGAAUAUAAUUUCUUGAAGCAACAAAUUGAUUAUUAUAAUUCACCUAGUCAAUCGUUUCAACAUUUGCCUAUAGCUUAA